AUGAAAGUUAAUAGUCGUUUAACGAGAAAGUAUCGUGUAACUGAAUUUAUUGCCGAGCAUGCACAUGAGACUACAACUCCUAGUAAGAGUCAUUUGCUUAGAUCUCAAAGGAAAAUGAUUAUUCCUCACGAGGUUCAUUUAGCUGAUGAUUCUGGAAUUACUCCAAAAGCAAGUUGUGAGUUAAUGGCCAGGCGAGCUGGUGGUCGUGAAAAUCUUGGAUUCAUUCCUGAAGACUAUAGAAAUUAUUUACGUUCCAAGAGAACAAUGCAAAUGAAGUCAGGAGAUACAGGUGGUGUGCUAGAGUACUUGCAAAAAAUGCAAUUAGAAGAUUCUAAUUUCUUUUAUGCAAUACAAGUCGAUGAGGAUGACUUAAUUACUAAUAUCUUUUGGGCUGAUGUGAAGAUGAUGAUUGAUUAUUCAUAUUUUGGUGACGUUGUUUGUUUUGAUACUACUUAUAGAAAAAAUAAAGAAGGUCGUCCAUUUGCAAUGUUUGUUGGAGUCAAUCAUCAUAAACUUACCAUUACUUUUGGACCAGCAUUAUUAUAUGAUGAAACGACAGAAAGUUUUAUUUGGUUGUUAAAUACUUUUGCUAAAGCUAUGUCAGAAAAGAAACCAAAGACUAUUCUUACUGACCAAGAUGCAGCAAUGGCAAAGGCAUUAGCUUUGGUAUGGCCAGAAACAUGCCACCGCCUCUGUAUUUGGCAUUUGUAUCAAAAUGCAUUAAAGAAAUUGAGUAUAGUGUUUGGGAAGUUUCAAGACUUCAGUAAGGAUUUUAAUAAAUGCAUAUAUGAAUAUGAAGAGGAAGAAGAGUUUAUAAUAGCUUGGAACAAUAUGCUUGAGAAAUAUGAUCUUAAAGACAAUAGUUGGUUGAAACAGACUUUUGCUUUAAAGGAGAAAUGGGCAUUAGUUUAUGGUCGAGAGAACUUUUGUGCAGACAUGACUACCACACAACGAAAUGAGAGUAUGAAUAAUGUAAUUAAAAAAUAUGUGAGUUAUCAACAUGAUUUACUAAGAUUUUUUCAUCAUUUUCAGAGAAUGGUAGAGGAUCGUCGAUAUGAGGAAUCAAAGGCAGAUUUUAAAGCAACCCAAAGAAGUUUAAUUCUGUCAUUUGAUGUGGAAAUUCUACGGCAUGCGGCAACAAUUUAUACUCCUGCAAUAUUUAAGAUGAUCCAACACGAGGUAUCAAGUGGUUAUGAUUGUAGUAUGUAUAUUUCCUCUCAAAAUGGGGAAGUUACUGAAUAUAAAGUUACCUCAUAUAAGAAGUUAUUUCAACAUAUUGUCCAUUAUGACUCCUCUAUUGGUUCAGUGAAGUGUAGUUGUAAAAGGUAUGAGUUUGCAGGGAUUUUAUGCUCACAUGCUCUCAAAGUUCUCUCUUCAAGAAAUGUUAUGAAAAUUCCUGCUAUGUAUGUAUUAAAGAGAUGGACAAAACAUGCAAAAAUGGGAAAUGGUAUACCAACUAACCAUUCUAUAAUCCAUGAGGACCCUAAAGCAAAAAUAGGUAUGCGUUAUAAAGACAUAUGUAGGAUGCAAGUUCAGUUAGCAACUAAAGGAGCGAUAACUGAAGAAACAUAUAAUAUAGCUAUUAGUUAUUUGACCAAGGCCAUGAAUGAUAUAGAUGUUUGUCUUGAAGGUAGAGACAAGGAAGCUAGUACUAGUGAUGGUUCACUUAUAAAUAUUGAAAAAGGUUGGUGUAGUGGGAAUAAGGAUAAUGUGAAAGGAAUAAAGACCAAAGAAAGAUUUCGAGGAUCAUCUACUAGGCCAAAAGAUAAUGAAUUGCCUUCAUCUCAAUUUAGUCAGUUUCCCACAUAUGUUGCCAACAAUACAUUCAUGGAGUCAAGUAGUAACAUGAGCAUGACAGAGUUGUUACAGGCACAACUAUCUAGCAUUGAACAUGGAACAGAUGAUGUUACAAAUUCUCAAAGCAAAGGACAAAAUGAUAUGUGA